AUGGAUUACGAAUUACCAUCCUUAUCCGAGCCUUUUACUUGGAUCACAUAUGCCAUUUUGGGAACAUUAGUUGGAUUGGCUCAAGCAGGAGGAAUAGGGGGAGGUCCCAUUGUAUCACCUGUAAUGAUGGUUUUGCUAGGCUGUUCGAGCAAGUAGGCCAUCUGGAACACCUACAUUAUGUUAUUCGGAGGAAGCAUAGGUAAUUAUGCAAGGUUGGGGAGAGAGAGAAUUUCGAAUGGGAGUAGUCCAUUAAUCAAUUACCAAUUAGUAUAGAUAACACUUCCAUUACUUUUAGCAGGAGCCAUUUUAGGGGUUGCAACUGGGAAAUGGUUACCAAAAGUGGUUGUGGUGAUAUUUUUAUUUGCCAUUUUAUUAAAUGUGUUUCUAAAGACCAAGAAAGUUUAUAAAAAGAUUAGGGAAAAAGAAUAGAGCGAACUCCUAUAAUAAGUAGAAAUGAAGGAAUUAAUGUUAACCGACUACAGUGCAGUGCCAUAAGAUUUAUAAUAGAUAUUGGAGAAUGAAUCAAAGCUUUAUCCUACAGAAAAUCUAAAAGAGAUAGCCUUCUCAGUGAUUAUCGUAGUUGCAUUAACUUUAUUGAAGGGAGCUGCAACCAUUCCUUCAAUACUAGGUAUAAGUUACUGCGGAAUGGAAUUUCAUUUUAUCAAUUUCAUCAUUUUUGGAAUAGGAUACUAUAAUGUGUAGAGAUAUAGGAAGUGGAUUAAAAAAGAUGAGGAGUUUAAAUAGUCUUUAGGAUACGAUUUCUCUGGAGGGAAGAUAAGUGAAGUGUUUGGAAUAACUGUGAAAUCAAGUAUGAAAGCAGGCUUUUUAGGAGGGCUGGUUGGUUUAGGAGGAGGAGUGGUAUUAACACCCAUUUGGCUUGAAACUGGAAUCCAUCCUCCAAGGGCUGCUGCAUCUGCUACUUUUACUGUGAUGUUUACUUCAUUUAUAUCUGUGUUCAUUAUUGCAUUGUCUGGGGGGUAUCAUUUAUCUCAAUUUUUGAUCUUGGCAGUAAUAAAUUCAUUAUAUUAUUUGAUUGCAGGGAUCUUAAAGAAAUUAGUUAAGAAAUAUAAAAGAGAAUCAAUUAUUAUUCAAGUGUUACUAAUUGUAAUUGCCUUUGGAUUGGUUGUUUUACCUCUCUAAUCAAUUAAAGAUGUAUACUAUAAUCCACUUUCAUCUUUAUAAUUUGGUCGCUUGUGUUGA